AUGUUUCGUAACAACUACGAUAACGAUUCCGUCACAUUCUCGCCCCAGGGCCGAAUAUUCCAGAUUGAAUAUGCCGCCGAAGCUGUAAAGCAAGGCUCGGUAGUCGUUGGCAUUGCCAGCAAGACGCACGCCGUCUUGUGCGCCGUCAAGCGCAACGCCGAAGAACUUUCAUCAUACCAAAAGAAGCUGUUCAACAUUGACGAGCACGCCGGCAUCGCCAUUGCCGGCCUCACAUCCGAUGCCCGCGUCCUGUCCAACUUUAUGAAGCAGCAGUGCCUGAGCCACCGACUCACGUAUGGCCGCGCCAUGCCCCUGCGCAGCCUCGUCGGCAUGAUUGGCGACAAGGCGCAGAUUAACACGCAAAUGUACGGCAAGCGCCCGUACGGCGUCGGCCUGCUGAUUGCCGGCGUCGACGAGACGGGCCCACAUCUGUUUGAGUUCCAGCCGUCAGGCAUGACGGAGGAGAUGGCCGCCUUUGCCAUUGGCGCCCGCAGCCAGAUGGCACGCACGUACCUCGAGCGCCACCUCAAGACGUUUCCUGACUGUACCCGCGAGGAGCUCGUCCAGCACGGCUUGCGCGCGCUCCGCGAGAGCCUCUCCCAGGACAAGGAGUUGACGAUUGACAACACGUCGGUGGGCGUGGUCGGCGUUAAGACCGAGGACGGCAAGCGCAGCGUCGAGCAGUUUAAGCUCUUUGACGAGAUAGAGGUCAAGGUGUGGCUCGACAAUGUUGGUGAGAGCCAAGAAGGCAUGGAGGUCGACGGGUAA